AUUUACAUUUUUCUCUAUCCAGAAAGGUAAAACAAAAAUAUUAGUCACUAUUAGAUCCUAAUUUCUACCACUUAUUAUUUACUAUAUCAUUUUUUUGGAAAAUAUUAACAAUGAAUGAACCAACGGCAUCUAUCUAGCACGUAAAGUUCUUUUAACAUUCCUUUUUGCAGAAAAUAAAUUAAUAUCAUUACUCUGUUCUCAAUGUGAUUGUAUUAAGCUGAGAAUAAAUUAUGAAGAGAAUUAUCUCAGCUUUUAAAAACAGUAGUUUGGUAAAAAAUACUUCAGCCAUCCCUUUAACUUCCAAUGUUGCUGACAAUGAGGCAUGGGUUAAAGAUAUGAGUCAUGCGACCAUACCAUCCCCUCCUAUUCUCAAGAAUAACAGACGAGACUUGCCUCUUAAGGAUAGGGAAAAAGACAACCAGGGGUUUGAUAUUGAUAUAGUUCUACCUCUUUCCUCGCAAACACCCAAUGGGACAGCCCAUCAAUCGGAAUCUGACAAUCCUUCUUAUGACAGAAGUGAUAUACCUAUAUCUAAAAAUAAUUCUAACAAUUUUCCCAAAGGUAUUAUAAAAAAUGGGGAGAACUCAUUUUCUACCUUUCCACCUAACCUUGGCUAUGAUACAGCAUCUCCCAUUCCAUCACCUAUCCACAAUAGUAAUUACACAAAGAACCCCCCUCAGGCUAAUGGAAGUGCGAAGGGUCGCCCUACUCCUCAGGAAGAGACAACAAGACGUGUGGCUUAUCAAAUAGCCCUCCCAUAUCUGGUGGCAGGACUGGGUAUGGUGGCUGCUGGCGUUGUCCUUGACCAUGUUCAACACUGGCCUGUAUUUGAGGCUAUUACCGAAUUAUUUAUCCUCAUGCCUGCUCUCCUUGGCCUAAAGGGUAACGUCGAGAUGACACUCGCUUCCCGUAUCUCCACCCAAGCUAAUCUUGGACGUGUUGACUCAGCUAGACAGUACCUAUCUAUGACACAGGGUAACCUUUCUCUCCUCCAAGUACAAUCCAUUAGUCUUGGCCUGUUUGCUGCUCUCUUGGCCUUGGUUAUUGGAUUUAUACCUGAUGGUGGAACAAUUAAUCUUCAUCACGCCCAGAUACUGGUUGCCGCCUGCCUCAUCACUACAUCCCUAGCUAGCGCUAUGUUGGGUAUCAUGAUGAUAGCCGUCGUCUACAUCACGCGAAUGUACAACCUGAACCCGGACAACAUAGCUACCCCCAUGGCGGCCAGUUUGGGCGAUUUGGUCGCUUUAGGCAUUUUGGCGGUCACCUCGAGAUUCCUUUUCAAACAUAUGGCCACAUACCCCUGGAUCUGUAUGCCAAUCAUUUUGAUCUACGUUCUCUCCAUCCCUCUUUGGUACUGCGUUUGCAAGAAAAAUGUUUUCGUCAAAGCCGUAUUAACGACUGGGUGGAUUCCAAUCAUCAUCUCCAUGUCCAUUAGCACAUUUGGAGGUCUCAUUCUGGACUAUACCGUUAAGCACUUCAACGGGAUAGCCGUUUACCAACCAGUCAUUAACGGGGUCGGGGGUAAUCUAGUAGCCAUCCAAGCCAGCCGUCUUUCCACCGACUUCCACAAGCUCGGUCCUCCCGGGACUCUCAACCCCCCUCCUCUUCAGCUAUAUAACUCUAAGCCUCUCGGGCAAGUUAUAACCUCCAACAACGGUUCCGCUAUAACCGCCGCAAAUACAACCACCGACGAUGAUACGAAUAAAGAAUCGCGCGCCUUGAAUUAUUCCGUCCCGGCCACCUUCAACUUUUACAAGACAUUUUUUUCUUCCAACUUUAAUUCCAAGAUGGCUAGAUUGCUCUUAUACUUUGCCCUUCCGGGUCACGUGUUUUUUAUGUUCCUCAUAUCCUACAUCAAACAUGGACGCAUAACUAUCACGCCAUUUUUCGCUCUCUUCUACCUGACUUCCGCCAUGUUACAAGUUAUAAUAUUACUCUACCUAGCCAACGUGCUCACUCUCAGUAUGUGGAAACGCAAGACGGAUCCCGACAACGCCUCCAUCCCCUACCUCACCGCCAUAGGAGAUUUCCUGGGAAUAUCGCUCCUGAGUCUCUCAUUUUUCCUCCUCUUCCACAUCAACAAAAAAGAUCCCAAUUUGGAAUACGGAUGAAAGAGGAAGGAGGGUUGCUAUGUCUGAUCAAUUAUCUAAUUUUUUUUGACGAACCCGAUCAUCGGAACGAAGAUCAUUUUUUGAUUUUCCGAUCGUUAAUUAGGAAUUUACGGGUGACGAAAAAAUAGACAUUUUCGAUUAAUUGUUUUACCGCGCGUAGCUAUAAUUACUCUCACCUCAGUCAUAUAAUUUUUUCUUUCUAAAUAGCUUGUAAAUCCAUAUUGACCCCUCCCCACUUUACCCCGAACAAAAAAAAUCCCGUUUUUCUUUUUUUUUAUCUAAUCAAUACGUACAAAGUUGUAAUCAUAUUUUUCAUAAAUCGGAUUUUAUAUUUUUUACCCCCCCCCCACCCCUACCCUACCGAAAUUAUUAGUAAAAAUUUUUAUGACUUUAUUUGAAUUUUAAAAGUAUUCGCGGGGUAGAUAUUAGCCAUUUUUUUUUGGUUAUAUGUUUAUAGCCUUUUCAACACUUCGAAUAUUAUUAUAAAAAUAAUUAUAAAAAGGUCCAAUUCAAUUUCUUCGCGAUGUACGUUUGUUAAACUUCAUUUAUUUUUUUUUGUUUAUUACAAAAAAUGCUAAACUUCGGCAUCUCUUCAGGAUGAUGGAUCUUAUUCAGGGUUCAAUAGUCAAAUCAUACUCAUAGUCACGAAUAAAUUUAGGAAGAUUAUUUCGGAUCUUCUCGUUUGUUAUCCACCCGCGCAUUUUGAAAAGAUCAUUUAUAAAAUGGUAAAACAAAAAAAACUUGCCCUUUAAUAAUUAAACCUUUAUAAAAUACUCAGAUAUGUGACUUAUAAUGAUAUGCGCGACAGUUGUAUAAACAAACUCGUAUUUUUUCGAUGACAUGUAAUAAUAAUACCUAUACCGGCGAUGCAUUCAUGAUAUUGCAUUGGAAAGCGUCGUUUGAAUGCAAAUCAGCUGGAACCGCCAUUUUUUUUAACCCAUAUAGUAAAUUAUUCUCAUGUUAAAUACCGCUAUUAAAUUGUUAACUUGUAUUCCUUAUUAUCUUGCUUUGAUAAAAGUUUGAGUCAGACAUAGGAAAUAAAUUGGCCUCUCGUUUAAAAUUUUUUUAAUAAUGAUAUAUGGGUAACCAAAAUGGCGUUCCCAGCUGUUUUCUUUGAUGUACACUUUUAAUGAAUGCAUUUUUAGUCUCGGUAUUAUUAUACAUGUCAUUGUAUUUUCUAUUAUUUUAAUUUUUUAAAUGAGAAUUAUAUAAUUUUGCUCGAAUAUCGUCGAAAUAAUUUGCGAAAAAGUGCGAAUCUAUUUAAUUUAUUUGAAUGAAUGAAUGCGAUAUAAUUGCACGGCUCAUUUAUAACCUCCACACAAAGCUCAUCUGUUUAUUCUUAUGUA